GAAGCUGCUGUGCGAGAGCAGGUACGCGAUGUAAGAACGUGCUUUCUGUCUCACGGUUUGAUUUCAACUUAGGUAGGUACGAGGUAGCGAGUUAAUUCGCCGAGGUUAUCUUAUCGCCGACUUGCUUCCAUCUAUGAUCUGCUCGACCCCGAGCGUUCCAGACUUUGGAAAAAAUCUGGGAGCCGGGCGCCGUAUCCGUGUCGUGGACUUGGACAUGCUUUGCCCGGCUGAUUUACAAUUAGCAACGCCGGCCGUGCCCGUAACCAGCAUCAACCAAAUUGCUAUCGCCGCCCGCAUACGCACGCUCAUAACAGCCAGAAAGCCUUGCCAACCAGGUUGGAGAGUUAAUCCAACCGGGCUUGAAACUGCAUGCAAUGCCCAGGUGCCUCGAUGGAUUCUGCUGCCCAUGAACAUGACACAAGCAAUUCAGCCAAUCCAAGACACAGAACACCACCUCAAGCGCGGCUGUUUGGUUUACACGACGUCCAGGAUAUGCAGGUGCGCUUUCGGGCCUCAACAACCAGACGGCAGGAAACAGGCUGCCUACAAGCAACGGCGAAGCCCGCAGGGUGCGGAAUCCCCAAGUUGAUGCCGUGACCUGUAACUAACGUUGAGGUCCACUGAGAUCCAUGAGACACUGCGAGUUUGCCUUCCAUUGAUGAGGUGCAAGAUACUUUUUAUGGCCUCCCGUCCCUUCAGUCGAGUCUGGCGCAGGAAAAGGGGCAUUCAAAGCCCAAGCCUGGCCACGUCUUGGCA